UAACUGAAGCCUCUCUUGAUGCGGCUUUCCGACAAGCAUAUCUUGGGGGCCAGCCUGUGUGUCACCUGCAGGCCUGACCGGUAUCUUCACCUUCAGCCUUGCCCUGCCCACACGGCAUGGUUUAUGAGCGGCCUCCUCCCUCCUUCCGCUCUGAGACGGUAUAAGUCACUCAUGCGGUGAACCGCACAUCUUUUUUGAGCGUUCUCGUAAUCUUUUACGCGUUAUGGUUGUCCGACUAUUCAUCCCACCUGGAGAAGGCCAACAUCACAUCGUUCCGAAACGACCCGAUCCCCUCGGCGCAAACGCUACGCUCCAAUAUGCCAUCGUUUCCUCUACUGCCCUCGCCGCGGGGUACACGUCCUUCGCUGCGAAGUUCACGCGCCGCGUCACGCCUCACACGAAGAUAUCGAAAACAGCGCUAUUCAUAAGGUCUUCAGCGAGAUUGGGGAUAUGGGCCUUGGUAGCCGGCGCCGCUGUAAACACCUACUACCAUACGCGCUUUACUUCGAUUGUGGUCGCACAGACGGUCAAGGAACCUACACCCGCGAAGCUCUGGGACAAGACGGAGAAAUAUACGGUUGAUGAUGGAUGUUUGGCUGGUGCAGCGCUGGGGUUCGUUGCGUUCCUGCCAACGCUGUUCAUGCGCCGGCCGAGCGUGUCGUGGUGGGCGCGUUGUGUUGGGAUGACCAACAUUGGCGCCUGCACUGGAGUUGUAGCAUCGCAUGCGUACUUCCAGUAUACUGGAGAGAGGCAAAAGGCUAUGGAGGUGCUGGAACAACAGCGGCAGCGAAGGACGUUGGAGUUCCAUCAUCUCUUUUGGGACAAGUUGCUCAUGGCGAAAUUCGACCUUCCUAUUCAACAAUACGUUCGACACAACGGCAUCUUUCGCGCUUACCACUUACCCGCAGAAGUCUACGACGCACCCGAGAAGUUCGGGUUAUCUCCACCCGCGACUACAGAAAGCAACGCGACAACCGAGUCUCCAGGUGCCGCUGAGAAGACACCCGACGAUCGUUACUACACUGCAGCCCCCGAUCACGCACAACAUCUGAGAAACCUCAGCAUUGAGAGCAUACAGAAUGAAGUGAAGGGGUGCGAGCGAGAAAAGCAGGCUGCGUUAAAAGAGGCGGCGUACAUGGCUUAUGAGAUUUCCCGGAAACAGUACGAGUUCUGCCACGCGGACUUUCCCACCGAAGAAGACAGGCAGACACGGAUGAGAGAGCUGCAGCUCAUGAACGUCGCUUUCAACCGGCUACGAGCCAGUGCCGAUGAACUGGACCGGCGGGUGCUAAUCGGGAAGAACUGGCUCCGCCAAAUAACAGCCUGGAACUCAGACGAUGCACGCUCGGGCUGGCUCGCUACCUCCACCCUCUGCGACCCCGAAACCCACGAUCCGAGCCUCUCGAUUGCGGAAAUGAGAAAAUUUCAAGACCAGUUGACGGACGAGAUCAGGAGAUUUGAGGCGCUGGUUAAGAGUCCGGCGAAGCAGGAUGUCGAGAAGAGGGAGAAGUGGAAGACGGAUUUGGAUGAUGCGAGGAUUAUGCUGAGGGCGGCGGAUCAGGUGGUCUUUGAGCUGGAGAAGAAGGCCAAGGGGCCGCAUAAGGUGACCGUCAAGGUGGUUAAGGAGGAUACGCCGCCGGAUAAUUUGGAACCGGAGAAGCCAUAGAUUGCACGAGGGGUUUUUGGGAGAGAUGUUAAAGCUAUGCAAUCGUACAAAGGAUGAUCUAGGUAGAAGAGUCACAACUUAAGAUGAUAGAGGGUAGCGAAGUAUCUGGUGUCUUACUGAGGGUGGCAUCCCAUGCCGUCUUGUCACGUGUCCGUUUCCGCCAUGCUUCUCUAUCGGCUCGACUUGUCACCCGGUAUAUGCGUUCUCAUCCACAGCACGCAGCCGGGUUAUCUUCUUGAGCGAGCCGACACCAGUCGGCCUUUUCACUGCUCCUUUAAAUUCUCCAGGCUUAUCAAGUGCCCAGUGCCGCCAUCUCGGACGGGAUCAGUGAGCCUCGCAGCCCCCGGCAUAAGGUUAUGCCUGGGUGCGCGAUGCCUUCCGUGCAAAAUCCGGCCUGGCUAUCCUCCGAUC